AUGGGUUACGGUGAAUAUGGUGCUGCAUCUGGAUAUUUUCCGUCACAAAAACCGAAUCCCAAUAUUUGGGUAUCGAGCAAUGUCUUAUCUGAAGAAGAUGAGAAGUUGGUCGCGAUCAGAAACUACGGCUCUUAUAUCCGCCUACAUGAACACCAGCACCAACAUAAUUAUCGGCACAAAUCAAAAGAAGGUCAAUUUUGGAACAGAGUCUUGGACGCAUACGAUGCUGCCAGGGAAUCGAAUCCAGUUGAAAUAUCCCUACGAACUAUUAGUAGUUUGAAGGGAAGGUGGAUGCGAAUCUCUGAAGCCGUGUUAAAGUGGUGUGGAAGCUAUGAUAAGGCCCGAAAGCGAAAGGGAAGUGGCUAUAACGAAGAUGAUGUUAUCCAAGAGGCCCACAAAAUCCAUGAGAACUCAUUCGGACGAUUCACCUUCUACGAGGAAUGGAUCCAAAUUAGGAAGUUUGACAAAUUCCGGUCUUUGUUGGACCAACAAACAUUCAAGCCUUCGGUGGGACGUCCACAUUCAACUCCACUGACGGAUGAGUCUGUAGGGAGCGGAAGUAGUGGGAAGAGGACACGGGAUGAGGGUGACAAUUCCUCACCUACCACACCGACCAGCGUGGGUGCCGGUGAUGAGAGAGUAGCUCGUGCUGAAGGAAUUAAAAAGGCUAAGUCGAGGUUGAAGGGUAAAGCUCCAUCAAGUGAAGCAUUUAAGGAAUUAGAAACAUUCAACACCCGAUUGCAGCUAUUUGGGGAUUCGAUGAAUGUGUCAAACGAAGCAGAAAUGAAGAGGCUUGAAAUACAGGAGCGCAAGGAGGCAAGGAAACAACAGAAAAUUGAGCUAGAACAACAUAGGAUCCACUGGGAGCAACUAGCUCGUCUAGAACAGAAAGUAAACCGAGAACAGUGGGAAGACGAAAUGAUAGUAAUACUUCAGAACAAAAUUAAAAGUUUCACUAAUGAUGCUUAG